CAUUAUCGUUUGCACAAAAAUAUUAUAAUGAAGCUUUGUUAUUCACCAGCUUUUCAGCUACUGGCAUGUGCACUGUCUAUGGGGCAGCUUGUGCCAGGGGCAAUAUCAGUAAACGCUUCCAGUACUACAGUGUCAGCAACAAUUACACCAGAGUUGCCUUCCACGAAUUCGGCAAACAAUGUGUACAGCAUUCCGCAUCCGUUUGGAUAUAUAGUUUUAGGACGCCUCCCAUUCCGCAUUUCAUUUGAGCCCAAUACUAAAAAGUCAACUGCACCUCUUUCUCCGAUUACCAAAUCAUUGUUGUCAAUGAGCAUUUGCGAUGAUCUGGGCUCCGAUUCUUCUCCCAGUGGAUGCUUGACAACACCCACGGUUGACAAAACGCCUUCACCCACAUUCACAGCACCGGGUAUAGGAUCUGCAAUGACGACUGUCCAGCAGAAAAUUGCUAUGCUGGAAAUUGGCAGUGGACCAACCUCGCUGUUACACAGAAAGCACAAAAGAGACACUGCUGAAUUGACGGCAUCUGCUGAUGAAACCGAUCUUGAGUUUGGGAGCAGUAGGUCACUUGAGACUACAUUGUCAACUUUGUUGGAUAAAUUUGGCAAUGAGAACAGUGCCACAGAUGAAAAAACAUUGGGCAAAGAUGUUGACAAUAACAUAGCCUCAAGCGGAAUUGACGGUAGCCAGAGUGCCAAGUCAAGCAAGGAAUCAAGUAAGGAAUCAAGCUCCACGUUCAGUUCUAAACCAUUGCUGUGGCAAUCUGAAAAGCCAACCACUGAUUCAAGCUCAGUGCAAUCAUUUUCUACACUUGCAAUCCCAAGCCUUAAGCCCACGUUGGAGACCACCUUAACCUCUAGCUCGAGUUCCAGUUUGGGACCCAGCUCUGAGUCCAGCAUAGCAGCACCUUCAGCCUAUAUUUUAAUUCCAAGAAUAACGUUUGGAUCCGAGUUUAUUUCAGGAAUUAGCACAUCCUACAGCACAUAUUUUAGCACUGCUUGCACUACGUUGCUCAGCUCGGCAUUCAGUCUGCCACCCCCAUUAGCUUUAAUCUUAGACUCAAGUCUGGAUAUUAGCUCAGAUAUUAGUUCUGACAUUAGCUCGAAUAUCAGCUCAGACACAGAAUCAGCUGUUACUUUGGACACCAGCUCAGUGAAAACCUUAGUACCAUCAUCCAGCACAGAUUCCAACUCUGAACUCAGAUCUGUAUCUGAAUCUGAAUCUGAAUCCAAGUCAGAACAUAGCUCCAGCCUUAGCUCAGUCGAGGAAAUUGAUAUCAGCUCUGUUGCAACUGUAGUCUCGCCAGACACCACAAAAACUAGCUGGGUCCGCAGCUCAGAUGUGGCUUUUGACACAAGCUCAGUGACAGCCUUGGUUUCGUCAUCCAGCUACACAUCAAGUUUUGAGCCAUUAUCACUGGACACUGGCAUUUCUCCUACCCAGUUAGACAGUUCCACCAUUUUUGACAAUGUCGAAUCAAGCACAGAGUUUACUACAUUGAACAUUGUGACCCUGGAUAUUCCGCGCUCACCCAUCCUGGCAAGCAUUGAAAUCAGUAGCACAGAAAGCAUGAACAGUGCCUCUGUGCUCCAACAGCCAUCAUCCACUAUUACUGCCAAGAAAAUAGACACUGUGGUAAUGUUGUUGAGCUCUACAGUUUCUCAAGAUUCUUCGUUGGUGGCUGCAUCAUCUUCUGAAUUAACAUUUGGAUUGUCAUCUGAUUUAUCAUCCAUAACUCAGGAGUCUACAUCAAGCAUAUCCUCUUUUGAAACCGAAAUAGCAACAAACGAAUCGUCAACUGAAUCGCCAACUGAAUCGUCUUCAGAGCUGUCAUUGACCUCAGAAGCAUCUACUACUUUGUCCUCUGGAUUGAUCUCUGGAUCAUCUGCUGGACAGCCAUCAUCAUCUGAAGAAUUUACCACUUUGAUCGAAAAUCCAACCAGCACUUCAUCCGUCGAAUUGUCCACUGAAUUUUCAUCAACUUCUGAAGGAUCCUUUUCUGUGGUCUCAGAGCCAUCCUCAGAACUGUCCUCAGAAUCAUCCUCAGAAUCAUCUGUCAAGCCAUCAUCGUCUCCAGCCGAGUUGUCUAUUGUGACUGAAGCAACAACAACUGGGACGUCUUUCAAGGUGUCCCCCAAGGAAUCUUCUGAGGCAUUCUCCGAGGCGUCUUCUAAGACAACCUCCCCAUCCUCUUUAGAAACAUUACCAACCACCGAACAAGUAUCUAUUGAUUCCGUAUUAUCUACAGAUUCAGAACCCUCCUCCUCAUCAUUGGACUCAUUCCCGACAUUGUCUGCGUCAUCUACAUUAUCGUCAACAGCAGCAGCCGAUCAAACCCCAGUAACUAAACCCGUUGACGAUGGCAAUAAGGACAGUAACGGCGAUGAAGACAACAAUGAUGCUGUUAAGGACCGAUGCGCUACUGGAAUGCUCCGGUGUACUAGCGACAGAAAGUCAUUCGACACUUGCUUGUAUGGAAAAUGGGGCGUCAUUAGGGCGUGUGCCAAUGGAACGAGAUGCAUUUCAUUGCCUAAUAACAAUAUCGUCUGCGGAUAA